UCGUUCUGGACUCGGCGCUGGUGGAAGGAGUGCUUGCAGGGGGUUGGCCUGGUACAGUUUGCACCGUGGGGAUGCUGCUGCCGCUGGAAGCUUUGAACCAGAAGAAAAGAUGUUUGGUUUUAACGAGCCAAAGAUGUACCAAAGUAUAGAGGGGUGCCGUAUAUGCAGAGCCAAGUCCUCCAGCUCUCGGUUCACGGACAGUCAACGUUAUGAAGAGGACUUCCAGGGCUGUUUUGGGUUGCAUGAGACUCGCUCAGGAGACGUCCGCAACGCCUGUGUGCUGCUUGUGAAAAGAUGGAAGGCGUUGCGGGCUGGAUCCAACGAAAACUGGAAUCUUGUGGUAGACGCAAGAGCAGGCCCGAGUCUAAAGACAACAUUGAAACCAAAGAAAGUGAAGCCUCUGUUUGCCAACAGGAUGAAAAGCAAUCAGAUCAGGAAACUGCAGAAGGAAUUUAAACGCCACAGUUCUGAUGCUCAUAGUACCACCUCAAGUGCCUCUCCAGCCCACUCUGCAUGCUACAAUAACCGGUUAGGUGAGGGCUCAGAUACAGAGAUGGCUUCCGGCUCUAAUAGAACUCCAGUUUAUUCCUUCUUAGAUCUUACCUACUGGAAAAUACAGAAGGUAUGUUGUGGGAUCAUCUAUAAGGGCCGUUUUGGGGAAGUCGUCAUCAGCACUCAUUUCUUCAAGCCUUGCUGCAGCUGUAAGAAAGCAGCCUCCGAGAAGCCUGAGGAGCAGGGGCGGGCGCUUCUGCUCCUCUCCACUCAGGACUGGUGA